AUUGCGCAGUGGAAGCCAUGUUGGAGCUACAGUGGAAUCAGGCUGGGAUUUUCUGACGCCGUAUGUUUUUCUUAAAAUUACUGUUUUCAUACAUUGUUGGGGCUCGUUAACCGUACGCGAUCGGCGCCGUAAUCGGCAGUGGACAUGAUGGACUCCAGUGUCGACCUGUCCCGGAGGAAUCCGCAGGAGGAUUUCGAGCUGAUCCAGCGGAUAGGAAGCGGCACAUACGGAGAUGUGUACAAGGCUCGAAAUGUAAACACAGGAGAGCUGGCCGCCAUCAAAGUCAUCAAACUGGAACCGGGUGAGGACUUUGCUGUCGUCCAGCAGGAGAUUAUAAUGAUGAAAGACUGUAAGCACUCCAACAUCGUAGCCUAUUUUGGCAGUUAUCUCCGGAGAGAUAAGUUAUGGAUCAGUAUGGAGUACUGUGGAGGAGGUUCCCUGCAGGAUAUCUAUCAUGUAACCGGGCCUCUGUCAGAGUCACAGAUAGCCUACAUGUCACGGGAGACUCUGCAGGGUUUAUACUACCUACACAAUAAAGGCAAAAUGCACAGAGACAUCAAGGGAGCAAACAUCCUCCUGACAGACAACGGCUACGUUAAGCUAGCUGACUUUGGAGUAUCGGCCCAGAUCACAGCAACUCUCGCCAAGAGGAAGUCUUUCAUUGGAACUCCAUACUGGAUGGCUCCAGAGGUAGCAGCAGUCGAGAGGAAAGGAGGCUACAACCAGCUGUGUGAUAUCUGGGCUGUGGGCAUUACGGCAAUAGAGCUGGCUGAACUACAGCCCCCCAUGUUUGACCUGCACCCCAUGAGGGCUCUCUUCUUAAUGACCAAGAGUAAUUUCCAGCCUCCUAAGUUGAAAGAUAAAUUGAAAUGGACAAAUAACUUCCACCAUUUUUGCAAACUAGCCCUCACCAAGAACACCAAGAAGAGGCCCACAGCUGAGAAGCUGCUGCAGCACCCCUUUGUGUCCCAGCCUCUCAGCAGGACGCUGGCCAUAGAGCUGCUGGACAAAUCCAACAACCCCGACCACAGCACCUUCAACGACUUUGACGACGAUGACCCUGAACCAGAGUCCCCGGUCUCUGUUCCUCAUCGUAUUCGCUCCAUCAGCAGGAGCACCAGGGAGGGAAAGACGCUGUCAGAGAUAAACUUUGGCCAAGUUAAGUUUGAUCCUCCACUGAGAAAGGAGACAGAACCUCAUCAUGAACCGUGUGAAUCUGAGCCCUAUCUGGACUGUGUUGAGGAGCUCUACUAUACCGCGAGAUCUAAUCUGGACUUGCAGUUGGAGUACGGACACGAUUCACCAAGUCUUCUGGGAGGAAACAAGAGUCUUCUUAAAUCUGUGGAGGAGGAGCUUCAUCAGAGUAAAUCGAGCACGAUCAUGAGGCCAAAGGUCCCGCCUCCCCUUCCUCCCAAGCCCAAGUCGCUCUGCUCGUCCCAACAACCCCAGCAGCUACAACACAAACUUGACGAUAGCCAAUCACACAGCGAGGAUGACGGGGGAGGGACCAUCAAACGCUGCCCGGUCCCCAACACGGCGAGUCCCGCUAAACCCGCCUCCAACGUCCCCCCGAGACCCCCGCCCCCGAAGCUGCCGCCCCACCGCCGCAGUAGCCUAGGUAACGAGAGCCCGAAGCACUCGGACGCCGAAAACUCUGCCCCAGAGGAUGAUGGGAGCUUUAGACAUUUCUGGGAGUGGCUCCACACGCCUCACACUGAUGAGGAGCUGGAGGAGGCGUGGGAGGUGCUGAAGGAGGUGAAAGAUGAGCAGGAAAAAGAGGAGGAAAAGGAAGAGAGGAAUGGGCUGAACACAGCUCCUGCACACGGGGUAGAGAGGGAGAGUCCAGCAGACAGACAGUCCACCAUGCCCCCUAGUGUCCCAACUAGGAAGGACAAGAAGGACGUUCCGGUAAGUAGACGCUGCUAAAUAUCAGUGAAGGAU